CAAAACUUUCUCCCUCUCUCUACCUCUCUCUCAAAUUCUCCCCAACAAAACCCUAGAAAUCUCCUCUUCCCUAUCUUUUUCUCCAGAUCUUCUCCAUCCAGAUGCAUUUUUUCUUCAAAUCUCACAAAGCUCUUGAUAUCCGCCUCAAGUGCAGGAUUUCUAUGUUCUUUUCAAAUGGUCAGUGGGAUUGACCCCUUUGGUGAUGUUUGUUGCAGUCAUAUCCUGAUUGAAACUUUUUCGAAAUGCAGUUAGCGUCAAAUGAUAGUCAGGAAGAAGGCAUUUCAGAGACACAGCCCAUAUUGCAACGACCUCUCAAUGUCAUCGUAUCCAAGGAAUCCAUAUCUUCAUGUGAAAUUAGAACCGUGGGUGGUGACUAUUUGGUGGACGAAGAUUGUCAAAGACUUGACAUUGAUGAACACUGCAGUCUGGUGAAUGAGGACCAACCACAAUGUCGUAUUUGCCUUGAUAUUGGAGGUGAAGAUCUGAUUGCACCAUGCCAUUGUAGAGGCACUCAGAAGUAUGUGCAUCGGUCUUGUCUUGAUCAUUGGAGAUCAACUAAGGAGGGUUAUGCCUUUUCCCACUGUACAGAGUGCAAGGCUGUCUUCAUUUUGCGUGCAAAUGUGCCACCAGAUCGCUGGUGGUUGAGGCUGAAGUUCAAGCUCCUUGUUGUUAGAGACCUUGCAUUCAUUUUUGUUAUUGUACAGUUGGUUGUGGCAUUGUUGGGUAUGCUGGUGUACAAGUUCUAUGGAGAUGAACUUCGUGAGAUGUUUGGUUAUGAAGAGCACCCGUUUGGAUUUUAUGCAAUGGGAGUCUUAGCUGUUAUUUUGGUGGGAUUGCUCUAUGGGUUCUUCAUAGCAAUAAUCUGUGGACAGAGGAUCAAUGAACGACACUACCAUGUCCUUGCCAAACAAGAACUAACAAAGGAAUACGUGGUAGAAAGUCGAGAAGGUAAUAAGAAUCCGCCUGAGCUUGAUCCAAGCCACGUCACAGAGCUAAGGAUGUUGGGACUCUAUUAGGGUGAAAUAUGCUCCUUCCAUCGGGUUCUCUAUCAAAUUCUCCAUUUCUUGCCAAUCAAGAUUUUCUUUUGUUAGCGUCUCCACAUUUUUGUGAAAUAUAAGAAUGGGCGAGAAUUCUUGCAGAUUCUCCCUAUUAGUGGGACACUCGAACGAGGAUAAGGAUAAGAAUAGACUUCAAAACAUUCAUAAGUGACAGUAAUUGAUGGUUCUUGGGCUUAUGAUGAAUAUGUUUGAACCCAGAAAAUGAUCAGAAUUUCAUCUAAGUUAAAUAGGGUGAGAGAAAUCUCGAGUCUUAUCAACUCUACCUUCUUUGGAAAAUAACAAUCUGAUAAGGAAACAUUAAGAAUCCUCCCUCUUUACACCCCAGUGAGCCCCAGCAUAGCUGCAUGUGGGUGCACAGUAGAAUCAGAUCACGGACAUUCACUUCUAUUAAAAAGAGUGAAUGAUGAAAUUUUAGUUACAUUUCCUAGUAUUCAUAUCGAGGAACUCAAAUUGCAAUUGAAUUCCAACUAGAAAGCAACGCAAGUGCAGUUUGGAGGUUACUCCCUCUACAGAAUGCUAUGUAAGGUAAUUACAAUUUAUUCAUUUCUACUUAGCUGAUUAUUGACAACACUAAUCAUAGUCAUUUCUCCCCUAAAUUCUCCUCAUAAUCAUGGAUUUGGCCAAAAAUUGAUCACUUGUGGAUCUCCACAUCACUUUGGUUGGAGAGAGAGAGAGAGAGAGAGAGAGAGAGAGAGAGAGAGAGAGAGGUCCCAUUCCAUUAAUCACAUGGGCCACUGAUUUCCCCAUUUAUAUGUUUUCUCAAUCGUUAUGGAUGGGUGUGUAGACAACAAGUUUCAUCCUCUCAGUAGUAGAGAGGGUUCAGAUUUUCCAACGCACAUACUCCUGAUAAUAGGAAUCGAUAGUAUAAGAGAAGAUUCGUUUCUAUAUUUCUGUCAAGAAAUAUGAUCGAAUCCAGUGGCUGUAUAUGAACCAUUUCUUUCCUGUCAAUUUGUCACGUGUGGAGAAUAUCUGACCAGUGCAAAGUGUGGGCCACACCAUGAAGACAAUCUUGUUGGAAAAUCAAGCCAGUUUGCACAGUGGGUGGGACGCACCAGUAUGCUGAGCCAUAAUAGUGGUUGUCCAUUGAUUUUAAUUGUCCUUGAUGAGUAGUGACCAUUAUGGUAUGCCCCACCGUUUUUAAUAAUGAAUCUGAUACAUCCAACAUGUUGGAAAUGUUGGCAGCAUAUCAAAGUUCAAAUACAGCCGUUGUCUGUAAUCAUUUUUCAUUCUAAAAAUUGAUCCAAUUUCAGUCAUGCAACCAAACACAGCUGUAGGCCUGAACUGGUAGCCAUAAACGCACCAUGUUGACAUCAUUUCCUUUUCCUGAAUAAGUUGAUAAUUUCAUUCUC